AUGACCAGGUCAUUGUGGGUUUUCGGCUACGGCUCACUAUUGUGGUCUCCAGGAUUCCAGUUCACAGCAGCACAACCUGGAGUACUCAAAGGGUUCUCCCGCAGAUUCUAUCAAGGAAACGAAACCCAUCGCGGCCGACCUGGAAAGCCGGGUCGUGUAGCAACGUUAGUAGAAGAUAAGGAGGGUGAGACUUGGGGAGUCGCCUUCGAAGUCCUCUCACCGGAGGCAUUGCCCUACCUAGACCAAAGAGAGUGCCAGCUGGGAGGGUACACGACGCUCUUCCUCGAGUUCCAGCCCACCGUCGGCGAACCCUUCCCUGUCCUGGUUUACUGGGCGGGAAGGGACAGCUGCCAUUGGCUUGGCGAUGCCCCCGAACAAGAAAUAGCGGAUCAGAUCAUUUCCUCCAGCGGGCCGAGUGGUCACAACGUCGAAUACCUUCUCAGAUUGGCUGAGUACGUCCGAAUGCACUCUCCAGAAACUAGAGACGACCACUUAUUCCAGCUGGAGGCGCUGGUUCGACGCGGCGUCCAAGAGCGAGGACUUGUCCUGGAAAAUCUGAUGGGUCCAGACAUAACCUUACCACAGCCAACUCCCGUUUCUCCAGAUGACGAACCUCCAACGCACUCGCAGUUCGCCCCCAACGUGCCCUCCAAGAAGCUCCGCUGCCUCAGCAUCUAG